AUCCAAUUGUAUCGGUUCAGCCUAACUCAACCCGCGUACAUCCCACACUCCAGAUAGUUUAGAGUGAACUGGGACCGAAGUUGCCAUUUAUUGUGUUGAAAGUCAAAACCCUAAAUUUUGUCGAGAAGAAAUGGAAGAAGAAGCCGUAGUGGUCGCAGAAGCACUCGAAUCACUGUCCACCGCCGAAUCAUCGAAUCCAAAUCCAACAGAAACAACUCAGCAGCAGUUGUUGAGUGUGGAACAGAGAUAUCAGAUCGUCAGGAGUAUCGGAGAAGAGUGCAUUCAAGAAGAUGAACUUCUUAAUCUCCUCGCUAAAAAGCCUGAGCCUGUUUGUUAUGAUGGUUUCGAACCUUCUGGAAGAAUGCACAUUGCUCAGGGUGUCAUGAAAACACUCAAUGUGAACAAGCUAACCUCUGCUGGUUGCCGAGUCAAAAUAUGGAUUGCUGAUUGGUUUGCUAAGCUUAAUAAUAAAAUGGGAGGAGAUUUGAAGAAAAUUGAGACAGUUGGCAAGUACUUGAUUGAAAUUUGGAAAGCUGUCGGGAUGGAUUUGGAAGGAGGAAAAGUUGAGUUUUUGUGGUCAUCUAAAGAGAUUAAUGACAGAGCUGAUGAGUAUUGGCCUCUUGUCUUGGAUAUUGCUCAGAAGAACAACCUUAAAAGAAUUAUCAGGUGUAGCCAAAUAAUGGGACGAAGUGAACAAGAUGAAUUAACUGCUGCUCAAAUAUUCUAUCCAUGCAUGCAGUGUGCUGACAUUUUUUUCCUCAAGGCUGACAUCUGCCAACUGGGAAUGGAUCAGCGGAAAGUGAACGUACUUGCCAGAGAGUAUUGUGAUGUUAUUAAGAGGAAGAACAAACCCAUCAUCUUAUCACACCACAUGUUACCUGGUCUACAGCAAGGGCAAGAGAAGAUGUCAAAAAGUGACCCUUUAUCAUCCAUUUUCAUGGAAGAUGAGGAGGCUGAAGUGAAUGUGAAAAUAAAAAAAGCAUAUUGCCCGCCAAAGAUUGUCGAAGGAAACCCAUGCUUAGAGUACAUUAAAUAUCUUAUCUUACCAUGGUUUAACGAGUUUACUGUGGAGCGUAAUCCAGACAAUGGUGGGAACAAGACGUUCAAAAGCUUUGAAGAGUUGAUUGCUGACUAUGAAAGCGGAGAGUUACAUCCAGCUGACCUUAAACCGGCUUUGUCAAAGUCAUUGAAUAAAAUUCUCGAGCCUGUAAGGGAACACUUCAAAAAGGACAGCUAUGCUAAUGGGCUACUAAAAAGGGUCAAGGCUUACAGAGUCACCAAGUAAUGUGCUGAUUAAAGACUUCAGGCAAAUUUUUUGUAUUUCUAAACAGUCCUAGAAAUUUACAAUGUUUUUAAAUACCUUUUUUCACUUAUAGAAUAGUGAUAUGAGAAAUGUGCUAUAUAUUGAGAAAUGUGGUAUGCAUCUUUGGGAGUGUUGAACCCUGCGGCAUGUGUAAGAAUAUUCAUCUAGUUUUUUGGAUUUAACUCUUAUAUAGAUAGGAUGAAUGAAACAAAGCAAUAAUGAAGUGCGGAAACUUAUGAUUAUGUUUGGAUUGAUGGUUUGCAAUGAAAUAAAAUGAGAUGACAUGAAAUAGGAUAGCA